CUCUGCUACAAGUCAUCCAUAAAAAUGGCCCUUACUGCCUUUAUAUCUACUUCCUUUGAGUGAAGCCAGCUAGUAUUUAUAUAAGCUCUUCAACUCCUCUCCCUCUUCCCCUUUGAUUCCUCCUUAUCCAGCAUAUUAAAUUGUUCAGAUAAUACAAGCCAAAAAACGUUCUUCGCCAUGGCUGACAAGCCCAACGCUGUGGACUCUGUGUCCAUAUCCCAAUCCCAUGUGGAAGAGUCAAAGUUUGUACAGCCCGAAGAACAGCUCAAGAAGCGAUACAGCCUUCUCUCUGUCAUUGCCUUCGGCUUCACUACAAUGAACUCGUGGGUGGCCUUUGCCUCUGGAGUUGCCGUCCCGCUCUCGUGCGGCGGCGGCCCAGGUCUCAUCUAUGGCCUCAUUGUUGCCGGAAUCGUCAUGGCCACAAUUAACAUCGGCUUUGCUGAACUUGCUUCCGCAUUUCCAUCUGCUGGCGGCCAGUAUCACAUCGUUUACAUGACCUUUCCCCAAUCGACACGUCGAGUCGCCGCGUUCUUCACAGGCUGGAUUUCGGUGAUUUACAUCAUGGCGGCAACGGCAUCGUGCAACUUCUUUGUCGCUGGCUCGAUUCUUGACCUUGUCAAUCUGUGGAACGACGGUUACGAAAUACAAGCCUGGCAUACAUACCUGCUCCAUAUCUUGCUGAGCAUCAUUGCAUUUGGGGCCACGUCUCGUUUCCCUACAGCCAUUGGCAAACUGGGCGUGACGAUUCUUGUGCUGUCCAUUGUUGGCUUCGUGGCCUCGCUGGUUACGCUGCUAACCGUCCAGGAUACGAAACAGUCUACCGACUUUGUCUUCAGGCAAUAUACAAAUGUUAGUGGAUGGUCAGAUGGAUGGGCCUUUUUUAUCGGUGUUACUGGAUGUCUCUGGGCGUACAGUGGCGUUGAUGCCCCGACACACGUUUCAGAAGAAGUGCCGAAUCCGAGUCGAAAUGUCCCCAUUGCCAUCAUCACAACCAUGGCCCUGGGUAUCGUCACAGUCCUUGCCUGGAACAUUGCGCUCAUGUUUGUUGUCACCGAUCUUCAGGCCCUUAUCGAAUCCGGCGUUCCCAUUCUGGAGGUGUACAACCAGGCGCUGAAUUCAAAGGUGGCCACAACCAUCUGGGCAGUCUAUUACAUUGUCAUGUUCUACGACAUUGUUCUCAAUCUAUUCAUUUUCGCCGGCCGAACAAUCUGGUCGCUAUCACGAGAUGGCGGCGUCCCCUACUCCAAAUUCAUUUCUCAUCUGAAUGCGUCAAGUCCCGUUCGCGCCACUGCAAUCAUGCUUGUCUUGCAGAUUAUCAUCGGCGUUCUCUAUGUGGCGUCGGCUACAGCGUACAGCAGUUUCAUCAAUCUCACCCUAUUCGCGCUCAAUAUCACGGUUGCGCUACCCCAGGCUGCCCUCUUGUUCCGAGGCCGCAGCAUUCUUCCGGAGCGAGCUUUCUCUCUUGGAAAGUUUGGCUACAUUACAAACGCCGUUGCUACGCUCUUUGUCAUUUUCUUCUCUAUUUGUUUCUGCUUCCCCGUCGGUUAUCCCGUCACUGCCAACACCAUGAAUUAUUUGAUUGUUGUCAUGGCUGUGGGUCUAGUUGUGACAGCUGUUGUGUGGGCUGCCAAGUUGCGUAAAACUUUUACCGGGCCUCAGUUGGAGAGUUACGGUGGUGAAUUUCAUCACUGAAAUUUGCAUGGGAUAUAAACUCCCCUAUGUAGAUGGGAAUAAAAAACAAUAGUUAGUAUUACAAUAUGAAUUAC